UUAAUGGCUAAUGCUGCCCACGUUCAAUAGCUACAGGUCAUCGACUCGACCUCCACAGCUCCACUUGCUGGUCGAGGCGGAGGGGACGUCACCGAAGAAGUGAGUUGAGAUGAUAGCACUGCAGAGUGCCGACGGUGGCUAGGCAAAGAAGAGGAGUACGAGGGAAACAGAAGUCACCAGAGAAGGGGAAGCUGCGAUUUUUAGCGAUGCCGGCCACUGAAAAGUAACGCCGGUUAGUGUCUCACACAUACAAGGAGUCUGCCACGCUUAAAGGCGACGUGGCAAACUUUGAGGGGUGAUACUAGGGAUUGAUUUCCUAGAGUGAUACCAGAGGAUCCGGAUCCCGUCUCCUUUCGAUGUAUGUCGUCUGUUAGUUUUUCACGGACAGAAACGACGGUAUGAUCUCCUGCACAAUCCUUCCUGAAGAGCUUCCUAAAACAAGAAUUUACAGAGCUGAGCAGAAAAAAUCGCGAAUAAGAGUUCCGACUUCCGACUUCCGAGAAUUAAACGCCUGAAGCUGAGACGAUUCUCUGACUGAUUACCAACCGGAAUCAACAAUCGAGGGAAGGGAGGACAAGGGAGUGUAUAUAAAGCAAAGCUUCCCGGUGGAGAUGUUGUUUCUGUAAAGCGUCUUCAUUCAUCCACGUCUGAUGAAAAUACAUCUCAAGGAAGCUCUUCGGGAAGGAUUGUGCAGGAGAUCCGGACUCAUAUCAAGGGGCAAUUGGAACAACAAGCUCACCAUUCUUCCUUUUUUUUUUUAAUCAGUGUGAAGCUGUAAGUACAACAUGAGGGAAAUGUCAGGCAACACAUCACAUGAUACCCGCGACGAAGAUGAUGAGGAUGAUUAUGAGGAGUCUGGUGGAGGGAGCCGACUCUUGGGAUUUAUGUUUGGAAAUGUUGAUGAUUCAGGUGAUCUUGAUGCAGAUUAUCUUGAUGAGGAUGCAAAGGAACAUCUUUCUACACUGGCCGACAAAUUGGGUCCAUCACUAAUGGAUAUUGAUUUGUCAAUAAAAUUACUGCAAACACCAGCUGAUGGUUCUGAGCAAGAUUAUGAUGAAAAAGCUGAAGAUGCUGUUGAUUAUGAAGACAUUGAGGAGGAAUAUGAGGGGCCUGAGAUUCAAGCCACAACUGAGGAAGAUCAUUUGCUGCCUAAAAAGGACUAUUUCUCGGCUGAAGUUUCAAUUGCUACUUUGGAGCAUAAAGCUACUGUUUUUGAUGAUGAAAAUUAUGAUGAAUAUGAAGAUAUUGAAAAGGAAGAGGUGGUGGUGGAUGAAAACUCCGAAGCCCAAAUUGUUUCACAAGAUGAGCAAAAUGAGCAUAUUGAAUUAAUUUGCGAUGAAGAGAAAUCACCUGAGAAUAAUAUGGCUUCUAUUGAACAUUUUGAAGUUGGGACUCUGGCUGUUGAUUUUGAGGAUUUCCAGGAGGAUGGACCCGACAACAUGCAGAACUCAUUAAACGCCAAAACUGUGACGUCACUUCCUAUUUUAUGUAUUGAAGAUGGAAUGGUGGUAUUAAGGUUCUCUGAAAUUUUUGGCUUUCAUGAACCUUUAAAGAAAGAGGAGAGGAGGGACCAUAGAUAUUGGGUUCCUAAAGAGAGGUAUAAAGCCAUGGAUACUUCUGAUAUUGUUGAAGAGGAUGAAGAAGCUUUCUUAAAGGGUUCUUCCCCUGUCUUAGUUGCCAUGAAACAUGGAAGUCUUACUCAAGAUGAUAAUGCACUGGCAAUGGAUGGUGAUAUAGAAUCAGCAAUUUUUGGUAGCUGGCAAGGGGUUGAUAUUAGAGCUACACAGGUUGAUGUACAAAGGAAAGACUUGUGUCUUAGUGCUGAGCCAAUGAAAGAGGACAGAUCUUUAGAUCUUUAUGCUGGACAGAAAUCGCCAUCCUAUCCUAAAUUUUACCCUCUUGAUCAACAAGAUUGGGAAGAUGGAAUUAUUUGGGACAAUUCACCCACCAAGAGUUAUGACUCCUCAGAGAGUUGUAUAAUGUCUGGACCAGGCUCUGAGACAUUUUACACUGCUGAAAUAGAAUUGGAGGCUAGGCCACAAAACGUGGUAUUGCAGCAACAGAUAGAGCCUGAUGAGAAGGAACAUAAUCUUUUCUUGCAUAACUUUCCUGUGUCAGUGGAGCCCUUUGGUUCAACAGAAUUUUCAGAGCAGACAAACCAUCCAUUCACAGAUAAAAAAAAUCAUCCCCAGUUAUUGAGGUUAGAAUCUCGUGUGAAAGUGGACAGCUCAAAUUACUCGGGAGUAAGAAAGGAGAGCAAUAAUGGAGAAUUUCGCCAACUUGACAUAAUUAAACGCUUGGGAAGACUUACCUUGCAGAAUAGGGAGAUGUUGGAGGGUUCUUGGUUAGACAAUAUUAUCUGGGAACCAAAGGAGUCCAUAUCAAAACCAAAACUAAUUCUUGAUCUUCAAGAUGAGCUGAUGCUUUUUGAAAUUUUAGAUAACAAGGAAGGUAGACAUCUUUGCUUUCAUGCUGGGGCUAUGAUAGUUACUUGGUCUGUGAAGUCCAGUGGUGGGGAUUCAUUUGAUCUACCUGGUCAAGGGGGGCCAUCUGCUGGCCAGUUCAAUAUUUCUAAUGACAAGUAUUAUUCAAACAGGAAAACCCCUCAGCAAUUAAAAUCACAUUCUAAAAAACGUGCAGCUCAUGGGAUCAAGGUCAUGCAUUCAAUACCUGCCCUGAAGUUGCAGACAAUGAAACCAAAGUUGAGCAAUAAAGAUAUUGCAAAUUUUCAUAGACCUAAGGCAUUAUGGUAUCCCCAUGACAAUGAAGUUGCAGCAAAGGAACAAGGACCACUAGCUACAAAAGGGCCUAUGAAAAUUAUAUUGAAAACCUUGGGAGGGAAGGGGAGUAAACUCCAUGUGGAUGCAGAGGAGACCGUCUCUUCUGUUAAAGCAAAAGCCUCAAAAAAGCUAGAUUUUAAACCAUCAGAAAAAGUUAAAAUAUUUUAUUCUGGAAAGGAGCUUGAAGAUGCUAAAUCUCUUGCCAUGGAAAAUGUUAGACCAAAUUCAGUGCUGCAUCUUGUGCGUACAAAAAUACAUUUGUGGCCAAGGGCACAAAAGAUCCCUGGUGAAAGUAAGUCUUUGCGACCCCCGGGGGCAUUUAAGAAGAAGUCGGAUCUGUCUGUGAAAGAUGGGCAUGUCUCCCUGAUGGAGUAUUGUGAAGAAAGACCUUCACUUCUAGGUAAUGUUGGGAUGGGUGCAAGACUGUGCACUUAUUAUAAAAAAUCAGUGUCCGGUGACCAAACUGCCUCCUCAUUGCACAGUGGAGACAACAGCCUGGGAAAUGUCCUUACUCUUGAUCCUACUGAUAGAUCACCUUUCCUUGGAGAUAUCACACCUGGUUGUAGCCAGUCUUCUCUUGAAACGAACUUGUAUAGAGCACCCUUAUUUCCCCACAAAUUGGCAUCAACUGACUAUUUAUUAGUUCGUUCUGCAAAGGGAAAACUUUCCCUUAGACGUAUUGACAGAAUAGAUGUUGUCGGACAACAGGAGCCUCACAUGGAAGUAAUUUCUCCGGGAUCAAAAGGCCUUCAGACAUAUAUUGGGAACAGGCUGUUAGUUUGUAUUUACCGUGAAUUCCGUGCCAAUGAAAAUCGUGGCUUGCUUCCUUGCAUCCGAGCAGAUGAAUUGUCUGCACAAUUUCCUAACCUGUCAGAACCUUUUCUCCGGAAGAGGUUGAAGCACUGUGCCGAUUUGCAGAGGAAAUCAAAUGGACAAUUGCUUUGGGUUAUGAAACGCAAUUUCCGCAUUCCUUUGGAGGAAGAAAUCAGAAGGAUGGUUACUCCAGAAAGUGAUUUUGAGACAAUGAAGGUGAUUGGGACUAGUCGUGAGACGAAUGGAAUCUAUUUGUUUGGAGGGAGCUCUCAUGGGGAAGAUAGUGAAGCUAGGAGGUCUUUUAUUUCUCAAUCUGUUGAUCAGGUUUGCACCUAUGAAAGCAUGCUAGCUGGUCUUCACAGGCUCAAACGUUUAGGAAUUAGUAGGUUGACACACCCUACUGGACUGUCUUCUGCAAUGAACCAGCUCCCAGAUGAAGCUAUUGCUCUAGCUGCUGCAUCACAUAUUGAGAGAGAACUUCAGAUAACUCCUUGGAAUCUGACUAGCAAUUUUGUUGCCUGUACAAGUCAGGAUCGAGAAAAUAUUGAGCGCCUUGAAAUUACUGGUGUUGGUGAUCCAUCUGGUCGGGGCUUAGGUUUUAGUUAUGUUCGAGUUACUCCCAAAGCACCUGUAUCAAGUGCUAUAGUAAAGAAAAAGGUAACUGCUGCUAGAGGAGGUUCAACUGCCACUGGAACAGAUUCUGAUCUUCGCAGGUUGAGCAUGGAGGCAGCUUGUGAGGUUCUCCUUAAGUUCAAUGUUCCUGAAGAACAGAUUGCAAAAAAAACAAGGUGGCAUCGAAUAGCUAUGAUACGCAAACUUUCAAGUGAGCAGGCUGCAUCAGGGGUUAAGGUUGAUCCAACAACCAUCAGCAAGUAUGCACGUGGACAGCGAAUGUCAUUUCUUCAACUUCAGCAGCAGACAAGAGAAAAAUGCCAGGAAAUUUGGGAUCGCCAAAUUCAGAGUCUUUCAGCUGCUGAUGGUGAUGAAAACGAGAGUGACUCUGAAGCAAAUAGUGACCUGGAUUCCUUUGCUAGUGACCUUGAAAAUUUGCUGGAUGCUGAAGAGUGUGAAGAAGGGGAAGAAAGUAAUUAUGAACCCAAACAUGAUAAAGAAGAUGGUGUUAGAGGACUUAAAAUGAGAAGACGCCCAUCGCAGGCUCAGGCAGAGGAGGAAAUUGAAGAUGAAGCUGCAGAAGCAACAGAGUUGUGUAGGAUGCUCAUGGAUGAUGAUGAAGCUGAGCGAAGGAAGAAGAAAAAGACAAAAGCAACAUGGCAAGAAGGAGGUUUGGGCUCUCAAUUAGGUUUUACUUCUGAAAAUGCAAAUCAAACCAAAAAAAGUUGUGGGGCCAAGCAGAUAAUUCGUACAGUCCAAUCUGAUGGAUCAUUUAUAUCCAAGGAGAACAUCACUCGUGGGCCAAUGGAGGUUGAAAAGAUGAAAUCAAAGAAAGGAAAUGGGAAGAAUGGUGUACUGAAAAGGAAAGCUAAAGUAGCAGGAGACGGAAUUAAGGUUAUUAAGGAAAAGAAACAUACAGCCAAACCAGUAAGAGAAAGUUUUGUAUGUGGAGCAUGUGGUCAGUCAGGGCACAUGAGGACCAACAAGAACUGCCCUAAGUAUGGAGAAGACUUGGAAAUACAGGUUGAUAACACAAGCCUGGAAAAAGUAUCAGGAAAAUCUACCAUUCUUGAUCCUUCUUCCCAGACCCAGCAAAAAGCAUCAGUGAAGAAACUAAAACAAAAGACUGUGUCAAAGGUUGCUACUGUAGCAACCUUGGAAAAUGCUGAUAAAUUGAUAUUAAAAGCAAAAUUCCCCUCACCGAACCUCAAAUGUGGUCCUGUUGACAAAUCUUCUGAGAAAGCACUACCUGGGAUUAUGCAGAGUUCUGAGAAACCCAUCACUUCUGAUGCUGAAACUGGGACUAAACUUAUUACAAAGAUAAGUAAGAUAAAAAUUUCCAACAAGAUGAAAAAUGAAGAUAUCCAGGUGGAACCUCAGAAGCCAUCCAUUGUGAUACAUCCACCAACAGAGGCAGAUAGAGAUCAACCUCGCAAGAAAAUCAUAAUUAAGCAAACAAAGACAGUUGCUAAUGUGGACCAGGUCAAACGGGAAGCUAGCUCUGGACUGGGUGAAGAACGUCGAAAGAAAAAAAAGAUGAUUGAAUUGUCAAGUUUUGAGAAACAUAGAGAGAAGGAGAGAAAGCAAUUGGCUGAAAAGGCAUCAAGGAGAAAAGCUGCAGAAGAGAGAAGAUUGUGGGAAGAGGAGGAAAAGAGGAGAUAUGCAGACAGGUUGAGAGAGGAGAAAACAAGGAAGCUUUAUGAGAAAAAGAAUAGGAUGCAGGAAGAACGAAGGUUAGCUGAGAUUAGAAGACAUGAAGAAGCCAGGCAAAGGGAGAUGGAAGAACAGGAAAGACAGAAAGCAAAGAAGAAGAAAAAGAAGAAAAAAACAGAGAUGAGGAAUGAAUAUUUAGAGGAGCAUAGAUCAAGUAGAAGUGAUCGAAGAAUGUUAGAGAGGGACCGUGCUGCCAAGAGGUGGCCUGUGAUUGAGUUGGGGAGGUAUGCCGCCGAAUAUGCCCCACAAACAAAGCGUCGUAGAGGAGGGGAGGUUGGGUUGGCAAACAUCUUGGAGAGCAUUGUAGAGGCCCUUAAAGGUCAAAUUGAUGUAUCCUAUCUGUUCCUAAAACCAGUAUCCAAGAAAGAAGCUCCUGACUACCUUGACAUCAUCGAGAAUCCAAUGGAUCUCUCCACCAUUAGGGAGAAGGUGAGGAGGAUGGAGUACAAGAAAAGGGAUGACUUCAGGCAUGAUGUGUGGCAAAUAAACUACAAUGCUCACAAGUACAACGAGGGGCGCAAUCCUGGUAUUCCUCCUCUUGCAGAUCAGCUCUUGGAACUCUGUGACUACUUGUUGGCUGAGAAGGAUGCCCUCUUGACUGAAGCUGAAGCUGAUAUUGCUUGAAAAGAUAAGUGGUCAUUCCUAAUUCAAAGCGCACCCAUUGGCCUACUGCAAGCCCAGACCGUCCCCAUUUUUUUUACUGGGCUUAAUGUGAAUACAUGGCUUAUGGGUUUGUGUAAUUUUAUUUAUAAAGGUAAUUUAAAAUUCUUGUGUCGAAAUGCUUUUUCUUAAAGUGUAUGUAUUUAUUUUGGUCUCUGUUUCAUUUACUUUUCACAGGGAAGGCUUUCACAUCUCCAUUCACUACCCGAUUGGAUGAGCCUUCUUAUAUAAUAUUAAUAUAUUCUUCUAUGAAAUGUAUAUUACCAACUAAACAUUGAUUGGUGGGUGAUGGAUCUUCCCUAGAUAAUGC